UCAGGUGGCAGAGAAGCAAAACCAGUCUUCAGACAGGUCUCGAGCAAAAGCACAUGGCAGUGAUAGCCAACCAGCAGCUCCCAUCAGCACCAGUGACUGCCUCAAACCUGUGGAAGUGGACUCUUCUGCUUCUCCAGAAACACAGGGUGAUAGAACUGACUCUGAGCCAGAGAAAAAGCCUGUUGAGCAGGAAUCGGAGCAGGAUACUCUGAUCAGCCGGCAGCUUGAAUCAAGAGAGGCGGGUUCGAUACUAGUUGCUGGCAUGGCUGCCAAACAAGGCCAUUCACCCGAUCCAGCCCAGAGGCAGGGCAGCUGUGACGGAGAGGAGAAGCGGGACCAGUCCAAGGAGGAGCCCCCUCUGGAAAUGAAACAACAAGCCCCGGAGCCGAUGGUAAACCUGCAGUUUGUGAAGAAUGAUUCAUACGAGAAGGGCACGGACCUGAUGGUGGUCAAUGUUUAUAUGAAGGGGAUCUGCAGGGACACGGCCAGGGUCAUCUUCAGGGAACAAGACUUCACCCUCAUCUUCCAGACAAGUGAUACCAACUUUCUGCGGCUUCAUCCAGACUGUGGACCAAACACAGUCUUCAAGUGGCAAGUCAAACUCAG